AUGGAUGUGUACCUCUCGUCUUAUCCGGAUAGUCCAAAGCAAGAAAUUCCUCAAGGAAGCUAUGUUGGCUUCGAAUUCGGGAUCCAACUGGUUCAUUCUUUGGGUGGCAUUCACCCGUUUUCUAUACGGCGAGAGACUCAUGUCGACGGGCAGAAUCUCAAUGGCACGUCGGCUACAUCUGUGUUGAUCUUCACGCUUUCAAGCACGGCCAGCAACUCGGCCCAGAACAAGCCAAUCAAACCUGAUAUUUUAUCAUCUCUACGGAAACAGUGGCUGAAGUUAUUCGCGCUUAAGACACCGAUAUCAUGCUCCCGUGUGCAAAGUUCCAAUGUCACCAGCCCGGUGAGAGACGUGGGAGGUCGUAAACGUUGCGGAUAUCAAAAUCUCGAUGUCAAGAAAUAUGCAUUAAUGUGCCGGGGAGAGUCUCUCGACUUCACAAAUCAGCUGAAUCUCGUGCUUGGUGAUUUGAUAUGCGGAAUCCCGUAUCCGAACAAUUCGUCUCCGAACGCUCUCCUGCGGCCACUGGAACUAGGAACGAGACCGACACCGCAAUUCAUCCAGCGGACUACUAGCACUAGCAGUUCAAUGUCACCCAUUUGGGCUGUAUUUUCGAGCUUGAAUCGGUCCGUCGGGGUAAUAGUGUGCCCGGAGCACCGCUUUGUGAUUGGCUCGUUCGUACGAAAAGUACAGGCCAUGGAGGACUUUGUUUCUUGA